AUGUUCUCCUCAUUCUCCUUAUUCUCAUUUAUACUUCCUAUUUUGAUAGUUAAUUCUCAGAAUGUAUCAUUCCGAAAUUUCAAACUUAUACGAAUAAACCCCGAAAGCGAAGAGAAUCUUGUAUAUCUUAAAUCCUUAUAUGAAGGAGAUUCACCAUAUCAAUUGGAUUUCUGGCAGCCUCCAACCCAUAUUGGAGGUAUCGUUGAUGUGACGGUAGCACCAAGUGAUGCUCCUAUAUUCAUCAAAGAUUUGAAUUCUCGCGAAUUAGGUUAUGUUGUAGCUAUCAACGAUUUAGAAGAAGCAAUAGCAGACGAACGAAAACCAUCAGCAUUUCAUCAUUAUGAAGCUGGCGGCUUUGCUUACGAUAAGUAUAACUCAUUGGAUGACAUCUUUGGUGAGAUGAAGAGACUUCGAAACGAAAAGCCUGAGAUGAUUUCCUUAUAUGACAUUGGUCAAACACACGAGAAUCGUACACUUCUUGUUAUGCAAAUAACUGGAAAGCGAUCAUCUAUUGAUAAAGCUUCUAUAUGGAUAGAUGCUGGUAUUCAUGCUCGUGAAUGGAUCGCCCCAGCAACUGCCAUGUAUAUCAUCCAUGAACUUGUAAAAGGAUAUGAGAAUGAUCCAGCGAUUCAAAAAAUUUUGGAUGUGACCAACUUUUACAUUCUGCCCGUUAUGAAUCCAGAUGGCUAUGAAUACUCACGAACCAAAAAUCGCAUGUGGAGAAAGAAUAGACGUCCAGCUUCAUGUAAGAAGCAGCAUUUUCAUACUGUCUGUUGCGCCGGAGUUGAUUUAAACAGAAAUUUCGACUGGUUCUGGUCAUCAAGUGGAUCAUCAUCGGAUCCAUGUCAUGAAACAUAUCAUGGACCAUCCGCAUUUUCUGAGCCAGAAUCUCAAGCUGUUCGCGAUUUUCUAGUUGCCACACCUCCAAAGGCUUUCAUAUCAUUACAUUCAUAUUCUCAAAUGUGGUUAGUACCAUAUGGACAUAGAAAGAGAAACUAUCCACAAGACUAUCAUACAGCUUUAAGACCAUUAGCUUUGAAGGCUACAAAAGCUAUGUUUGAUCUUUAUGGAACCAAAUAUCAAGUAGGAACUGGUGCUGAUUUGAUGUAUGAAGCAUCAGGUGGAUCUCAUGAUUGGGCUAAAGGAUCAUUAGAAGUACCAUAUGCUUAUCUUAUCGAAUUAAGACCAAAAAAUACUUUGAUGGGUUAUGGCUUUCUUCUACCAGAAAGAGAAAUUCCGGCAACUGGUUUAGAAACAUUUGAAGCUAUAAAAGUUGUAGCUGAUGAGUUAGUAGGACAAUUCAUUCAACCUCAAAUCAGAGAAAUAGCAGUAACGACAAGAAAGCCUAACAAAGGAGGUUACAGAAUCAUUACGACAACACCCAGAUAUAGCACUGAGUUACCUACUCCUCCACCCGAAACAACAACAAAGCCAUUGUUACCCACACCUCCCCCAGAGCAUAUCAAAUCGCCAAUUGUCAAUACGGAAAAGUUAGAAAUUGAAAGUCCUGACUUGAAAUGCGUCGAUUAUGGUAGUUACUGUAGGCUGUGGGGAGUUUUACAGUUGUGUGAACGACCUUCCGUUCUUAAGUUAUGUGCAAACACUUGCAGUCAAAAAUGUAAAUCAAAAAAAUAA